AUGGCCGAGGUGGUAGGCCUAGUCGCCAGUGUCGUGCAGCUGGCUGGCGCUGGCUUGAAGCUGUCCCAGACGCUGUACCAGUAUGCCGAUGGUGUGGCUUCUGCCGAUCGCAGAAUCAAGGAUAUCGCGAACGAAGUCAAGCUCACAAGCUUCGUCAUCCAAGAGCUGGGGGCCAUCUUCGAGAGAGACGAGACUGCAAACUUGAUUUCAGAAAAUGCAGUCAGGACGGCGAACGAGACGAUCAAGGAAUGUUUUGCGGUUUUCACAGAACUUGAGUUAAAAAUCAACAAGGGCAAGCCAGGGAAGAUGGGUCGGCUGAUGUUACCCUUCAAAGACAACAAGAUCGAACUGCUGCGAAAUCAGAUCGAUAAGCUCAAGAGCACGCUGGAGCUGUUGAUGCAGGUGCUCAUACACGCCCACCAAGUUUCAUCGGAGAAGUACAACCGCGAGGCUGAAGCGAAGCACCGGGAAGAGAUCAAGCAGUUACUCGAGAACAAGAAGCAAGCCACAAAGAAGUACGAGGAGUCGCUGAGGAACUUUAGUAUCAGCGAUGGCAGCACUGUCGUAGAUGAGGGUGAUCGAUCGCUACAGGAUGAGGUCGACGUUGGUUCGCCGUCUAAUCUCAUCAACACUGCUUCAGCUAUUGGCUCUACCAUCAACCCAGAUACGCUUGCAACAUGCGUGGACCAUGUCCGAAGCCUGUUAGCAGACAUCGAAACUCUGCAACUUGCCUUGACCAAGCAGGUAGAUGGAGACGAUCAUGCCGAUCACCAUCAGAAGGCUAUCGGAUCUUACUUCCUCGCUCGCUCUCAUCUCGACAGUGUGCUGCUUGGUAAUGCUCAAGCCAAAGUCACCGAUACAUCAAGUCAACCAUGGAUCAGCAAGACGAGCACCCAGACUAGUGUAUCUGCUACGUUGAAUGAGACGGCAAAGGAUGAAGAUGUCAGCAGCUCUUCGAGUAACGAAAGAGCACGAAUAGAGUUCGAGAUGUGGCGAGUGAGAGAGCGAGCGAAAGAGCGAACAAGAGACCGAGUUUCUGCUGAAGUCAACCGGGGGUCGACACCCGCCAGCCGUCAUCUUGAGCGGGUAGCAAGAAACCAAAGGGCCAAGGUUGAGCAUAGAAGCGGCACACGGGGUUCAGCCCACCGCCCUCCAUUGCGCGCGGAAAGCGAAGAUAUUCCCGUCGCCGUACCUCCUAGUGCAGAUUAUAUGCCGUCUAGUUACCGUGAGGAGUAUGCACCUACACUCCGAAGGACCAGCAAUCGAACCGACCCAGAAACGGAUGGAGCUUCAGAUGGUGAACUCGUAACCGAGGUGUCCGAUCAAACUGAUCGACCUGGAGCAACGCAUUCUCAGCUACAGUUGAACAAUGAACGCUCCCAUGCGGAUGAUGCUCAGCACCCGCUUCUAAGCCAGGCGAGGCUAGCGAAACUAGAAGCUCGCGCUCGAGAUGAGAGGCUUUGGCAAGAAGAACUACGUAGAAGAGAAAGUUCCAGUGCUCCUGAAAGAGUCAAAGCAACCAAAAGGCGCGAUUCUCGUCGACCUACACAGUCUCAGCUAUCACAGCCAGCCCGCGAUAGAUCGCCUUCGUCGUCGCUCGGAUACUUGUCAGAAGAAAUUAGAAAUGGCUCAUAUGCGUCUAGCAGGCGCGUCCAGGAGGCUAAACGAAGUCCUAAGAAAGACAAGGACAAGAUCGAACACGAUGGACCACCGGCCGUAAUGGCCUCGUGCGACGAUUCAUCUGAAACGAAUGAGCCCAAUCAGAGGGAGAAAGCGAUAGCAAGAGAGCAAAUGCGUAGGAGGAGGAGAAACCACCGUGAACGAAAAGAGCGAGAGGAACAGGAAAAGGCACGUAGGGAAUGUAAGUAUAACCUCAACUUGCAAGCACACAGAAACCAGGAGCUGCACCUUUCGUAUCGCACCAUUGAAGAAAUAGGCCUAACGUUACCAUCAGAUAUCGAAAAGCUGAAGAUGCCAGAAUUAGCAGAACAAUCUUCGACUCACGCGGGCAAGCCUGCUUCUGCCGAUAAGGUUGCAGCUGACCCCCAGGACGCCGCUUUGUACUCCAUAGACGACCGCGUGAACCAGCAAAUGGCUCUUCUUCUUGCCAAGGAGGACCAGCGAUCCAGCCCUGACUCCAACUGCACUUUCAGAAUAGACCUACCAGAAGACAAAGACGCCUGUGACUUUGAACCAUCCUCAUCGAAGAAGAGCAAAAAUAAAACGGGCAACAAAAUCGAACAGACUAAACCACUGGUGUCAACGAGCAGGCGCCACGGUUCAUUUGAAACGCAGGUUCGCUCUCAUAGUGUGUCUUCGCGAGGAUCUGAUGUUGACAAGGAACUGGAGAGAGUGAAGGCAAGAUGUGAAGAAAGAAAGAUGGAACACGAUCAACGACGAGAGCAAGAGAAACGGAAAGAUUCGAACACGGAUUCAACUUCGACUCGUAGUAGUGGUAGAGUACCCCACUGGCAACGCGCGUCGUCGGCGGCGUCAAGGACACGCAAGUCUAUUGAUCGCAACGAAGACACCCCAGAGUCAGCAGGCCCAAGAGGUCGCAUCGGCGCAGCUACCAGACACCAUGAACGGUCACGCUCCCGCUCUCGUGUCCUGGUCCGCGUUCGUUCUGGAGUUUGGGAGUUCCAGUACAAGCCAGCAGAAGACGGUAGCGACAAGCAAGAAGAGGGUACGGAUCGCGAGUCGGAGUCGAACCGAGAUGAGGAGAGGGCAAAAAAGGAACGAAUGAUGAAAGCGGCCUUAGGAGGUGUGAUGGCCUACCAAAUCGGCCACCGCAAGCUAUCGCCUUCUCGCUCCCCUCGUCCCCGUCCCCCUCGUUCCCGCUCUCCUCAAAACGACCGAAGCUAUGAUAGGGACUCUAGCAGCUAUGUUAGUCCAAGCGAAAAGAUCGAGCGUGAGCAAGAAGGAGAUGGGAUCGAUCAGCUAGAAGAGGAAACGCGGCGUGUUUGGGUGUUGGAGGGAGAGAACAAAGGGGCGGAAAGGGAACGACGAAGGGGACCACUCUGUCUUCCACAGGCUAUCCCCUGUGCGGUUGACACAAGCAGGAAAGGCGAGCAACAAAGUGAAGAGGCCGAGGAUUCAUGGAGUUACAUUGAUGAGACGGAAAAGGUGGGCCGGGUGGACGAGGUGGAUGAGUUACUGAAGGAAUGGACUACUCUGCUUGGAUGA